AUGGACACUAGCGUAAGGCAGCGCAUUAUUGCUGCUUGCAGCACCACGAAGAAGAUUCCUUUGCUGACCGAGGCUGUAGAAUCGGCGGUAAAGAAGUGCAGCAGCUGUUCAUGCUGGACCCGUGCGGCCGUUCCGCCGGAGCAGCGCACAUUUUACUGCUGCCUCUGCAUGCAAACGCGACAGCGUCGCGACUGCACUUUCUGGGCGUCCCCGUGGAAUAAUAGCUACCGGACAUUUGCGGCCUUCAGUGACCCCGCGAAUGCGUCUGCUGCCGCUGCUGCAGAGUACGCAGACAGCGCCGGCAGGGGUAUUGGCGGCAGCAACACUACAGCAGAAGCGGCUUUGGCGAAGUUCGCACAAGCCGAAGCUCUCAUGCUGAAGUCCAUAUUUCGUGGAAAGCUGCUGAGAAUACUGCGGGCCGCCCUUCCGAUUAUUUUGGUCUGUAGCACAGUCUACUCGUGUUCAUCGCUGACAGGUCCUCUGCCGCAAGUCCUCUUCCUUAUUGGCGCCUUCUUCAGUUGUAUCCCACUCGCCAACAUGCUUGCUGCAAUCGUCCGCGUCCGCGAAGAGCAGCUGACGAUCAUUGGCGACUUUGGUGUCCAGCUGAGCUGUCGAAGGCUGCUGGGCUCUAGCAAGCGCUUUUUGCCCAUGAGCCAGGUUAGAGACGUCUUGAUUUGCGAGGAAGUAAAUGUGUAUCGCGUAGCGUACCAUGUGGCGCUCAUUGUCGGCGAUGAACAGGAAAUCAUUGUGCCUUUCCAGGACUUUGAUCUGCGGCUGGAGGAUUGCUUGGCAGCGUAUGAGGCACUGCACUGUUUGUUGAAGCCAUGCGUUCGCGGCAAACACUUUAAGGGAGAAUGCGAAGUACAAACGCCUGCAUCUGCCUUCCCAGGGGCCUCUGAAACUGCCUAG